UAACCCUUUCUUUGAGUUCUCUCUCUCUUCACGGUGUGUGAUGGUUCCGCAAAGACGAUGACUGGAGAGAGAAUGAGAUCUUCCUCCAGCUCUGAAAACCCUAGAAGCCUCUGCUCUGACCACAAUCAUUUCCAAUCAUUCUGACUGAGAUCAUCAACAUGGUGAAGAAGCGAGUCCCAGACUGGCUCAACAGUUCUCUCUGGUCCUCCUCCACUCCACCGCUUGACGAGGAUCGCAUCAGCCGUUACGCCUCCAAAUCCACCGCCACUUCAACCGACUCCUCGGAGGAGUCUCCUGUUCAGCCGCCCGUUCCGGUGCUGCCUCCGGCUGUGGUGGCAAGACAAGAGCCUCCUAAAGAGGAAACUAGGGAUCCUUCCAGCAAAAAUGACAAUGGGAGUUCCGCUGCUUCUUCGGCUGAAGACAUUUCUCGCCAGGCUCAGCUCUUACAAGAGCUUUCAAGGAAGGUUGUAAACAUGGGUGAAUUGCGGAAACUUGCGUCACAGGGUAUACCAGAUGCUGCCGGCAUUCAAUCUACUGUGUGGAAGCUCUUAUUGGGUUAUCUGCCAAGUGAUCGAGGACUUUGGUCGUCAGAAUUGGCUAAGAAGAGGUCUCAAUACAAGCAUUUUAAAGAGGAGCUUUUGAUGAAUCCUUCAGAAAUUACAAGAAGGUUGGAUAAGUCUGGCAGUUAUGAAAAUGAUGAAUCAAAAAGUGCAUGCGAUGGUCCUCUCUCUAGAUUGGAAAUAACUCAUGGAGAGCAUCCUUUGAGUCUUGGAAAGAGCAGCAUCUGGAAUCAGUUCUUCCAGGACACAGAGAUCAUAGAGCAGAUUGAUCGAGAUGUGAAGCGCACCCAUCCCGACAUGAACUUUUUUUCUGGAGAUUCACAGUUUGCAAAAUCCAAUCAGGAGGCUCUGAGGGACAUAUUGAUUGUAUUUGCAAAGUUGAAUCCUGGUAUAAGAUAUGUGCAAGGAAUGAAUGAAAUUUUGGCACCUUUAUUCUAUGUAUUCAGAAAUGACCCUAAUGAGGAAUAUGCGGCCUCUGCAGAAGCAGACACGUUCUUUUGUUUUGUCGAGUUAUUAAGUGGAUUCCGGGAUAAUUUCUGUCAGCAACUUGACAAUAGUGUUGUGGGAAUCCGUUCCACAAUUACUAAGUUGUCACGGCUUUUAAAGGAGCAUGAUGAAGAGCUGUGGCGUCAUCUUGAAGUCACAACCAAAGUCAAUCCGCAAUUUUAUGCAUUUAGAUGGAUUACUCUCCUCUUGACUCAAGAAUUCAAUUUUGCGGACAGCCUUCACAUAUGGGAUACACUUCUCAGUGACCCUGAAGGUCCUCAAGAGACCUUGCUUCGGGUAUGCUGUGCAAUGCUGAUUCUUGUUCGGAGGCGCUUACUUGCAGGUGAUUUCACGGCUAACCUCAAGUUACUCCAAAAUUAUCCAUCAACGAACAUCAGCCACCUUCUCUACGUCGCCCAUAAAUUGCGAACCCAUUCAGUUGGUCAGAUUUUGUAAUCAUCAUAUAUAUAUUUUUUAUCCUUCCUUUUUAUUUUAUUUUUUUAUUUGGUGUUGAAAUUUGGUGUCUGUAAAAUAUAUUGGAUGUAAAUCUCAGGUUUAAGUAGGUUUUAUUUUUCCCUCUUCAAAAUUUGUAAUUGUUGCAUUUGUGGGACAGGACACUUAUUCUUUGAUCUGUGACAUUAGAAGAAAAAACUCCCCUAAUUAAGAUAUAAAUGAUUUCUUAAUUCUUCUA